UGGAUCCCUGAGGUAGGAGGCAAAGAAUGUGAUUAUUUUAGGGAUUCCCUCCGGGUAAGGUACAGACGAGUGGGUCGGACGGGGAGACAAUGGAUUGCUGGGUCCGGAGGUUUCAUAAAUUCCCAAGCUAAGAAUUCAUCCUUUCCGAAGCACAGGAAUCAUACUGACCCUGAUACUUACUAAUUGGUGUUGGAAGGGGAUGUGCCUGUCUCAGCCUGUUUCCACCUUCAGCCAGUUUCCUUCCCACCGCCCUGCUUCCUUUACGAAGGUCCGGUAGUGACCUGCGUAGGACUCUUCAAACAGGCUUCCUUUCUUAGCAGGAAUCACUUUAUGAUGUGGUCAUUGCAGGAUAACAGAGGCUCGCCAGCCCUACGUGCAUUUGAUGUCACCUUCCACUGCCCCUAGAACUGCAGCAGAGGACAUUUCUAGAGUGUUUUCGCCUCGCUCCUGAGUGCUUGUUGUAUGUUGGUGGCUCCUUCUGUUACCAGUGACAACCUCUUCACCCUAAGUGUUCUGGACAGGUUUUUUUUUUUUUUUUUUUUUUUAAAGUUACGGCGUCCAUACCACCUAUAACAUCCCGAUUUUCCGUGUGCUCCUGUUUCCGCAAGCCUACAGAGGCAGUGGAGAUGCUUUCUAGCACCCAGGCGGCCACCGGUGAAUGUGACGACGCGGAGCUGCGGUGCCGGGUGGCCGUGGAGGAGCUGAGUCCUGGAGGGCAGCCUCGCAAGCGCCAGGCCCUGCGUGCUGCCGAGCUGAGCCUAGGCCGAAACGAACGCCGAGAGUUAAUGCUGCGACUGCAGGCGCCGGGACCUGCGGGGCGGCCACGCUGCUUCCCGCUGCGGGCUGUGCGCCUCUUCACCCGCUUCGCUGCUGCCGGGCGCAGCACGCUGAGGCUCCCCGCCGAUGGCGCCCCCCGCGCUGGCUCAGUGCAGCUGCUGCUCUCCGACUGUCCCCCGGAGCGUUUGCGCCGCUUCCUGCGCACGCUGCGCCUGAAGCUGGCGGCGGCCCCGGGACCAGGACCUGCCUCUGCCCGCGAGCAGCUGCUCGGCCCGCGGCCCCGAGACUUUGUCACUAUCAGUCCAGUGCAACCGGAGGAACUGCGGCGUGCUGUGGCCAAUCGGGCUCCAGAUUCGGCGUUGGAGAAGCGAUCAACGGAAUCAAAGCCUAGUACGGAAGCUCCAAGGUGGCCCCUGCCUGUGAAGAAGCUGAACAUGCACCCCAACAAGCGGAAGCUUUCUGAGGAGCAGGCAGCUGUGCUGAGGAUGGUCCUGAAAGGCCAGAGCAUCUUCUUCACCGGGAGUGCAGGGACAGGAAAGUCCUAUUUGCUGAAGCACAUCCUGGGCUCCCUGCCCCCUACUGGCACAGUGGCCACUGCCAGCACUGGGGUGGCAGCCUGCCACAUCGGGGGCACCACCCUGCACGCCUUUGCAGGCAUCGGCUCAGGCCAGGCUCCCCUGGACCAGUGUGUGGCCCUGGCUAACCGGCCAGGUGUGCGGCAGGGCUGGCUGAACUGCCAACGGUUGGUCAUUGAUGAGAUCUCCAUGGUAGAGGCAGACUUGUUUGACAAGUUGGAAGCUGUGGCCAGAGCUGUCCGGCAACAGAAGAAACCAUUUGGAGGGAUCCAGCUCAUCAUCUGUGGGGACUUCCUACAGUUGCCACCAGUGACCAAAGGCUCCCAGCACCCUCGAUUCUGCUUCCAGGCCAAGAGCUGGAGGAGGUGUGUGCCAGUGACUCUGGAGCUGACUGAGGUGUGGAGACAGGCAGAUCAGACCUUCAUCUCUCUGCUGCAAGCUGUGAGGCUGGGCAGAUGUUCAGAUGAAGUGACCCGCCAGCUCAGGGCUACAGCUGCCCAUAAGGUGGGAAGAGAUGGAAUUGUAGCCACGAGACUCUGCACCCACCAGGAUGAUGUGGCCCUUACCAAUGAGAGGCAGCUGAAGGAGCUUCCAGGUGUGGUACACAGCUUUGAGGCUAUAGACAGUGACCCUGAGCUCUCCCGGACCCUGGAUGCUCAGUGUCCCGUUAGCCGUGUCCUUCAGUUAAAGCUGGGGGCUCAGGUCAUGCUGGUGAAGAACUUGUCAGUGUCUCGGGGCCUGGUGAAUGGAGCCCGGGGAGUGGUAGUUGGGUUUGAGUCAGAAGGAAGAGGGCUUCCCCAGGUACGGUUCCUGUGUGGUGUCACUGAGGUCAUCCGCACUGACCGCUGGACAGUACAGGUCACUGGGGGCCAGUUCCUCAGCCGGCAGCAGCUUCCCUUACAGCUGGCCUGGGCAAUGUCCAUCCACAAAAGCCAGGGCAUGUCUCUGGACUGUGUGGAGAUCUCUCUGGGCCGUGUGUUUGCCAGCGGUCAAGCCUAUGUGGCCCUCUCGCGGGCCCGCAGCCUACAGGGCCUACGUGUGCUAGACUUUGACCCCACGGUGGUUCGCUGUGACUCCCGAGUACUGCACUUCUAUGCCACCCUGCGGCAGGGCAGAGGCCUCAGUCUGGAGUCCCAAGAUGAUGAUGAGGCAAACUCAGAUCUGGAGAACAUGAACCCAAACCUCCGUCUCAGCUGAAAGAGAAGACAAACGGUGGACUACCCAGCUUCUGGCUUCCUCCUAGGUCAAGGCCCUAGGGAAUAACUGGGGGAGCGGCCUGUGUUUCUUCCCUCAUUCAGCCUUCUGGUGGGGGGACAGGACAAGGUUUCCGACCUAUUUACCAGCUUUGUCUCUGUGUCGCCCCUUCCCCUGGAGAAACUACUCCCAGGGUCAGAAGUUGGAAAUGGUGAUGUUACAGAGGACAAAGCUCUCUGCAAGGGCUGGACACAGCCACAGAGUUCUGGGCCGUAGACUGGAGAGGCAGGGCAGACCCCACAGGCAGAGUCUGCCUUACUACAUUACAUUUAUUUAUUUAGUGUACAUGUGACGAUCAGAGGACCACUUGAAGGAGUUCGUGUUCUCUUUCCCCAUGUGGGUCCCGGGGGUUAAAUUCAGGUCAUGGGCCUUGGUGGCAGGCUCUUUUAUCUCGUGAACAACCUUGCCAACCCCGGGAUCUGUUUUCAUUUUCUUUGUGUUAUUAUAAAUACGUAAGGCUGGGUACUUUAUGAAGAAAAUGUGUCUAGCUAUGCUGGGCUUCCCAGCAGCUGGUACCACACAGCAGGAGCACAUGCAGGCAUGAUCAUAUAAAGACAAGCGGCAGAAGACAGCAAUUCUGUGGACUGCCAUUAAUCCAUUCCUGGGGGCGGGACCCCUUGCUUUAGUCACCUUCCGUGCGCUCCGUCUCUUAAGAGUUACAUCAUCCUGACACUGCUGCACCGGGGACCAAGCUUCCAGCACAGAAACCCAUAAGGAAAACCGUCCAGACCAUGGCAGGAGCCUAGAGGGGAUAGAGACCAGACGCAAACCCAAGAUAGAAGUUUAAUUACCUUCGCAGCUGAGCUCAGCCUCACACAGGCCUGAGUAAACACCCUUCUGAGCCUGUGCUGUUUUUAGGGGUUUUAGUGCUGAGGGCCCUGAAAUGGAUGUUCUCGGGUUGUAUUUAUUUAGGCCAAAUAAACCCGUGAAUUGUGUAACUGUGCCUCCUGCCUGGUCUCUCUUCCUCACCGAGGGAGUGCACACAGAGAGCAACCUGGUGUGACAUCUGUGAGGUUUUGUUCAUAGUAACUGUCAUCUGAAAAACGGAGUUAUCUGAAGGUGGUGACAGACAGUGGACCAACAAGGUGCACAACUGUCAUCCAAGAGCUAAGACAAAGACACCCUAGAGAAGUUCUAAGUUCGGGUUCUCCCUGAGACUCUGGCUUUGACAGCCUGUCUGAUCAGGAAAGAGCCAUCAACAAACUACCUUCAGUUUAUCAGAAAGCACGACAGAGGGGCUGGCUGGAGAGACAGCUUGCUGGUUAAUAGCCUAUUAAUGCUCUUGCAGAGGAUUGCACUUCGAGUCCGAGUACCUGUAUCAGGUUAUAAUUAUAGCCACCUGUAACUCCAGCCUUGGG